GGCUGUUCUCUCCCAGGACCCUCAGAGAGAUCUGGAGAUGUUGAAGGGAUGCUGGCAGAAGGGGAACAAUCAGAAGUGUCACCAAAAGGAUCCAAAGAGGAGGAGGAGCAAAGGAAGCUGAGGGUUCAAGAUGGAGGCAGCAGACGAGAGGGGAGACGAAAGCAGAAGCCGGAAGGUGAUUCUGGUACGUCUCAGGGUGGUGAAAAUCAAAUUCGCAGAGAGCAGAAAAAGCAUGAACGUACAGUGUGUGGAAAGAGAUUUGGUCAUCGCUCAACUCUUACUAUACAUCAAAGAGUACACACAGGAGAGAAACCGUAUACAUGUUCCGAGUGUGGAAAGAGCUUCAAUCACAGUAGCUCCCUUACCUCGCAUCAACGAACUCAUGCAUGGGAGAAACCGUAUAAAUGUUCCAAGUGUGGAAAGAGGUUCAUUCAUAUCCAGAGCCUUACGUCACAUCACCGAACUCAUACAUGGAAGAAACCGUAUACAUGUUUGGAAUGUGGAAAGAGCUUCUGGCACUGUAGCCACCUCAAGUCACAUCAACGAACUCAUACAGGGGAGAAACCGCAUAUGUGUUUGGAGUGUGGAAAGAGCUUCAGUCAAAGUUGGACCCUUACCUUGCAUCAAAGAACUCAUACAGGGGAGAAACCUUAUAAAUGUUUUGAAUGUCAAAAGAGCUUCAGUGGCAGUAGUUCCCUUAUCUUGCAUCUACGAACUCAUACAGGAGAGAAACCUUAUAAGUGUUCAGAGUGUGGAAGGGGCUUCAGUCACAGUGGUACCCUUACUAAGCACCGAAGAACUCAUACAGGGGAGAAACUGUAUACAUGUUCAGAGUGUGGAAAGAGCUUCAGUCAGAGUGGCAAACUUACCUUGCAUAAAAGAACUCAUACAGGGGAGAAACCGUAUACAUGUUCGGAGUGUGGAAUGAGCUUCACUCAAAGUGGGGGCCUUAAGUCACAUCAACGAAUUCAUACAGGGGAGAAACCACAUACGUGUUUGGAGUGUGGAAAGAGCUUCACUCGCAGCAAUGCGCUUACUAGACAUCAACAGACUCAUCAAGGCAGCAAACCUUAUAAAUGCUGGGAAUGUGACAAGAGCUUCAGUCGCAGCGACUCCCUUUACUUGCAUCAAAGAAUACAUAUAGGGGAGAAACGAUAUACAUGUUUGGAGUGUGGAAAGAGUUUCAGCCAGAGUUGCACCCUUACCUUGCAUCAAAGAUUGCACACAGGAGAGAAACCUUAUAAAUGUUUGGAGUGUGGCAAGAGCUUCUGUCGUGGUAGCCUUCUCACGUUGCAUCAAAGAACACAUACAGGAGAGAAACCGUAUACAUGUUCGGAGUGUGGAAGGAGCUUCAGGGGCCGUAGCAACCUUACGUUGCAUCAAAGAACUCAUACAGGAGAGAAACCGUAUACAUGUUCGGAGUGUGGAAAAAGCUUCAGGUGCGGUAGUCACCUUACUAGACACCAAAGAACUCAUACAGGGAGACGCUCCUUUCACAUUUCAUCAGUUUCCCUUUUUAUUCCAUCAGGAGAUGUUGAAGGAAUGCUGGCAGAAGGAGAGAAACUGUAUACAUGUUCAGAGUGUGGAAAGAGCUUCAGUCACAGUAGCUCCCUUACCUCACAUGAACAAACUCAUGCAUGGGAGAAACCCUAUACAUGUUCCAGGUGUGGAAAGAGGUUCAUUCAUAUCCAGAGCCUUACGUCACAUCACCGAACUCAUACAUGGAAGAAACCGUAUGCAUGUUUGGAAUGUGGAAAAAGCUUCUGGCACGGUAGCCAACUUAAGUCACACCAACGAACUCAUACAGGGGAGAAACCUUAUAAAUGUUUUGAAUGUCAGAAGAGCUUCAGUGGCAGUAGUUCCCUUAUCUUGCAUCUACGAACUCAUACAGGAGAGAAACCUUAUACAUGUUCAGAGUGUGGAAAGAGCUUCAGUCACACUGGUACCCUUACUAAGCACCGAAUAACUCAUACAGGGGAGAAACUGUAUACAUGUUCAGAGUGUGGAAAGAGCUUCAGUCAGAGUGGCAAACUUACCUUGCAUAAAAGAACUCAUACAGGGGAGAAACCGUAUACAUGUUCGGAGUGUGGAAUGAGCUUCACUCAAAGUUGGGGCCUUAAUUCACAUCAACGAAUUCAUACAGGGGAGAAACCACAUACGUGUUUGGAGUGUGGAAAGAGCUUCACUCGCAGCAAUGCGCUUACUAGACAUCAACAGACUCAUCAAGGCAGCAAACCUUAUAAAUGCUGGGAAUGUGACAAGAGCUUCAGUCGCAGCGACUCCCUUUACUUGCAUCAAAGAAUUCAUAUAGGGGAGAAACGAUAUACAUGUUUUGAGUGUGGAAAGAGUUUCAGCCAGAGUUGCACCCUUACCUUGCAUCAAAGAUUGCACACAGGAGAGAAACCUUAUAAAUGUUUGGAGUGUGGCAAGAGCUUCUGUCGUGGUAGCCUUCUCACGUUGCAUCAAAGAACACAUACAGGAGAGAAACCGUAUACAUGUUCGGAGUGUGGAAGGAGCUUCAGGAGCCGUAGCAACCUUACGUUGCAUCAAAGAACUCAUACAGGAGAGAAACCGUAUACAUGUUCGGAGUGUGGAAGGAGCUUCAGGUGCGGUAGUCACCUUACUAGACACCAAAGGACUCAUACAGGGAGGAAAUCUUAGAAAUGUUUGGCGUAUGUGUCAUGGCAACCUUGCCUUUGUUGUUGCUGUAAGUAAUAGCCGGCUCGGUUUUAUGGCUUCAAAAGCAUUUAUUUCAUCCUUGCUAAUUACAGAGUCGUAAAUCACGUCUGCUCCUUUCGCUGCAAACGUCCUAACUGCUGUCUUCCGUUUCG